UCUACUUUGAGUAUAGUGAAUUGGCAGUUUUCAGCAGAGCUAAAUAGUUUAGGGGAUACGGAAAACCUAAAAACCGCAUAGACAUAGGCCAAAUGUGGCCUCUCCCCGAUUGAAGUCCUCGCAGAAUUCUUACAGCUUGUUGAGGUUUCGAGCCCACUACUCAUAGCGUCUAUUUCUCAUUUUCUGCCACCCGGUCUCCUCGCCGAUUUUGACCAAACUUAUCAUAGGAAGCCGAGAUCAAACCCUCAACGCAGCGCUCCGAUCUGGGUAUUCAUAGUAACCACUAUGCCACCCUGCCUUCUAUAAUGGUAGUGUAAUUAUGCAUUUUUUGAGUAGUUAGCUUCGUUUCAUAGGACUGCGAUGACUAGUCGUUUUUUAGAAUAGAAGUGUCGGCACUGAAUAAAUAGGCCCAUGGCCUGUUGCCGAUUCUUGCACUUUUCGUGCAGUGAUUCACAAGUGAUCCUAUUAUUAAGGCACUAAUGUGUGUAUUUGCGUUAAUAAGACGUGUUACGAGUCCAAGUUUCAGGAAAUUCGUUGUUUUUUUUUCAUUCGCAUUGAUAGCCCCUGUGGUCUUGCUUCUCGUCUCUUACUUUUCAAUCCAUAUGCCGGUAAUUUAUUAAAACGUUUGAGUAAUUGUACCAGAUAAGUAGAUAGAAAAUCAACUGAUUUAGUUUAUUCUCAAUCAAUCGUGAGGAUGCCGCCAUAUAAUUACUCGACUGCCAUAGUCCCAUGAACCGUUCUUUGAUCCACAACUUUUACAGAAGCGCUCCCGAUAUCAGAAGUGAAUUAUUGACCAAUUGCGUUAGCGGCAAUUGAAAGAUCUGCUGGCGCCAUGACAGGCUUGUGUUCAAGACGAAUCUUGAGGCUACGUUUGCAGUAUAGCCGCUACUGGUUCAUGCUUGUGCCUACUGUUGCCCUCAUCUUAUUUAUCUUCUCAGUUGGGGGAGGUUUUAGCUUCCCUUGCACCCUCAUGACAUGCCACUCUGAGGAAAGCCUCCCCUCCCCAGAUCAAAAGAGAAAUGGAGAAUUGAGUUCUCUAUCAGACUUGAAUGGUAUCGAAAUCUGUCUGAGCAUCAAGUUUGUUGAGCCAAUACAGCCUUUGGAGCUGACUGGCUCUCCUCAACUAGGGACAAAAGGACCCUACGUAGUAGUCUACAACUACCUUAAGUCCUCAAAAUUCUAUGCCAUCAAUGAAACUGUAACAUUCACCACCCACAGCACCCCAGAGUUUAUGAACAAUGUUGGUACUAUAGCUGAGCGCUGGGAUGGUCCAGUCAGUGUUGCUCUCUUUGUGCCAUCCACUGACUUCUGCCGCACGCUGCAUCGCCUCAUAUUUCUCCGUAAUUGUGACAAGGCAGCUUACAGGGAAAAAGUAACCUGGCAUCUUUACUGGCCUAAAGAUUCUCCUCCACCUUCCAGUUGGAGUCUUGUUCCUGAUGAAACACAAGUGGAGUGUGAAAAACUAGCUAAUGACUAUCGACACAACAUUGACCUCAAACAAACGUGGCGGGCAGUCAACCAUCUUUCAUAUCCCAUCAACGUUGGUCGCAAUGUGGCCCGUCAAGCCUCCACUACCUGGUUUGUCCUGCCAUCAGAUGUGGAACUUUUUCCGUCCAUUGGUCUUGCUCCACAGUUCAUGAACUUCAUCUCACACCAAAGCAAUAACCUUAAAAUGCCACCAAGAUUAAACAAAGAUCCUCCUAGACGCGUUUAUGUCGUGCCCGUUUUUGAAGUGAAGGAGAUCUUACCUAACAAGAAAGAAGAGCUGAUCAUUCAGCUGGCGCGCAACUCAGCGGUUUACUUCCACAGGCUCGUCUGUCCCCACUGCCAAAGAUUUCCUGGCAUCCGAAAGUGGAUAACAGAAAUCGGCACACCUGGCCAAAUUCAUGCGAUGUCAUGGACACAGCGUGUGCCGCCAUAUCACCGCUGGGAGCCUAUCUUCGUGUGCAGUCCUAGGGAGCCUCUGUACGACGAGCUCCUUUCAUGGGAUGGCCUACAGGAUAAGAUGACUCAGAUGCACGAGCUCUGUCUACUUGGGUACGAGUUCGUUAUCCUGGACCGAGCUUUCCUCGUUCACGCUCCCGGCAUCAAGCGCCCCACGCGGCGGUCCUCCAGAAACAGCGAGCGGGACGCAUUUGUUAAGGAAAACGCGCGCAUAUAUGAGCAGGUAGUAACCAUGCUCGAUACUAAGUACGGUGCCAACACUAAGUGCCCCCACCACUAGCACCAGGCGCGCAUAUAUGAGCAGAUGCUCUCAAUCACGUGCCAUCACUUACUUAUCACGUAUCAUUAAUUCUAUCUAAAUACAUCAACUAGUCAAAGUUCGUCUUAUAAUGAAGCAUUUCUGCUCUAGCGAAUGGCCAAUAAUUGCAAUCACUAAACUAGUCUUGUAUCGUUUAAACUGUGGCUUGACACUGAGAACGCCCUCGGAUUUCCCUCACUUGUGGCCAUGUUCCUAUCCUAGCCUUCAACUUCAGAGGGAAAACAACUCCUCACAAUUUUUGGGGGAAUAAAAUGAGCUGGCGUAGGGGAAUAAAAUGAGGUCAAGUUUGUGGAACUGAAAUUAUUAGUUGACCACACGAGGCAACUCAGUGGCAUUGAGAUACUGUCACCGCAAUCUGCAGCCAAGGUUACAUUUUCUUUCACAAGAGCAAUAAUUAAUCUACAAAUAAUGAAUCGUUUGUCUCAAACUUUGUUCACAAAUAUAAAGGAAUGGAGAGUUAACAGUCAUUAGUCUAAUAGAGAUUGUGAAUGCUUGCAAUCUACAUUGCUGUAGUUCCUAACUCGUCCAUGUUGUGUUCGCUUGCUGCUCUCUUUCAUAUGCUCAGCGUCAUUGUCGUAUAGUGACUGAGAUAUGCGUAGAACUUGUAGAACUUUACUUAUAAGCAAAGAAGUUCAUAAAUUGAAUUAUUAAGCACAUAAGCCAGUACUAACUGAACAUUCCAUACGCUGUGUGUUCCUAUAACUUAUUUUCUAGUAAUUACCGCAAUGUGGUUUCAUCAAGAAUAUUCAACAAAGCGUGAUGUCGUAAAGCAUUCCAUGUUGGUAUGAUGAGAUUCUAGUUUAAAACAAGGGCAGUAAUGGACACCUUUGAGGUCCUUUGCUAACUAAAACAAUCACAGGUCCUCCGUAAUUACACUAGCAAUCUUACUUACGUGUUGAAGUGCUGUAAUAUUAUUCCUAAUUUCUCAAAAAACCCUUCUUUUCAUGUGUUGAUAUCCGAUCAUCCCGGACCCAUAUCCGCGCGAUUUUAAUGGUACAAUCUUCGUAAAUAAUGCAGCGGGAAAACAUUCCCGCUUGGGUAAAUAUAAAAAAUGUAUUCGUUUUUGCAAAGCAAGGCUUUAGUUACUAAAAUUACCAUCGAGUUGAGCCGCAUGCGCUGAGGCCAUGGUCUACUACUCUGAAUAACUUCAGUGCGUUUUUUUUUUAUUUCGACGUUUUCAUUUAUCCACUUUAUUGAAUGUAUUUCAAUUCAAGAAAGAUAGCAUGGAUAAGAUAAGAAAGAUAGAUUGGAAGGCGUGAGAGAUCCUAGUGUUAAAUCUUGAGUCUGGUAAUUAUAAUGCAUAACAACGGUAGUAUUGGUCGGGUGCCGGGCGUUCGAUUAACAAUUGUCUUCAUUGUUUCAGAUAAUCCUAGAUGCUUUAAACUGAAUCUCAUUGCCUGUCACAAAGUAUUAAAUGUCGAGAUGUGAAGCAUACUUGGUUUAGCAGGAGCGUUAUUUUGGCUGCUCCUUGAAUUCACUACAGCGCUGUAGUGACGAACUUGGUAUAUAGUUAUGAAAAAAAUUCCAGACUUUCUAGAUUGUAUUAUUUAUGCAUUAUUCGGCCUUUUUAUUUCUAAUAUUAUACUAUUGUUCAUACUAUGGUCUAUGGUGCUCUCUGCUAUUAUAUUAUUAUAAUAUUGUAUUCUUGUCAGCAUUUCGCCGGCCACUUAAUUACUUAUGUUAUGGUUCGUACUUUUGUGCUCUAUUUUAUGUUUAAAUUUUAUGAUAUUGUACUCUGGUUAGUUGUUAAUCAUGAUAUUGUUUCUUCUGUGUCAACUUUGAUAAAGUUUAUGUACACUCCAGACAUACGCCAGCAAUUACGAUGACGAUGCUGUACCGUGACCAAACUUUUGGUUCGAUAAAUGCAGUAUUUUUCUCAAACUACUAGUCACAAGUUCUUCACGGCUAGUCACAAGUUCUAUUCAACUCGUCAGUCGUCACUAGUCUUCAAAGGUUGAGGCACCCUAGAGACCGGUUACCUUUCGCCCAGUUUAUUAUGUUCAUAAAAUCCGAUGCCAAAUAAAGCUGUUUUGUUAUUAUGCCUACGAAAAUCUGGUUAAUAUUCUUUAGUUAUUAUUUGUUACUCAGAUGCAUUCUUAUUGCAGAUACCUCAAAUCACAAGUGAUUGUUUAUUUUUGCAUGGUAGUUUUGUUUCGCAUCUUGAGAAGCAUCAAAACAGCUUCUUUUCUUGUUAUCGAUGUUUUCUUGUUAUCGAUGUUUUUACAGUAUUUAGAUCUUCAAGGACA